UCUUUGCGAUAUACCUAUCAGCUCUCAGUCUAUUAAAAUGUACGAACAGGUUGUUAAACAAGAUAAGAAUAAUAUGUGAAAUGAUACUCCAUGAUAUAUACAUUUCUUAUCGCUACUCUUGUUGUUCUUCAGUUGAAACGAAAUCAUUUGAAGCAAUGGCAACUCCAAGCAGAGCUAGACCGAACCUUCGUGGUCUCACCAUAUUCAUAACUGGUGCAUCGCGAGGAAUCGGUCGGGCAAUCGCCCUCAAAGCUGCAAGUGACGGUGCAAAUAUUGUAAUUGCUGCGAAGACAGAUAAGCCACAUCCAAAACUACCUGGUACCAUUUAUACGGUCGCUAAGGAAGUCGAGGAUGCGGGAGGUAAAGCUCUUCCUUGCAUUGUGGAUGUCAGAGACGAAGCUCAAAUUCAACUGGCUGUGCAGAAGGCUGUUGAAAAGUUCGGCGGAAUCGACAUUCUAAUCAAUAACGCAAGCGCAAUUGCUUUACAACCGACGCUGAAGACCGACAUGAAGCGAUAUGAUCUGAUGCAUAAUAUAAAUGCGAGAGGAACAUUUUUAGUAUCAAAGGCUUGUCUUCCAUAUUUGCAAAAAAGCAAACAUGCUCAUAUACUGACCAUGUCACCGCCGCUAGAUUUGUCACCGUUGUGGUUUUCCAAAAAUCUGGCUUAUACGAUGGCAAAGUACGGUAUGUCGAUGUGCGUGCUGGGAAUGGCUGAUGAGUUCAAACAGGACGGAGUAGCAGUAAACGGAUUAUGGCCUAAAUAUGUUAUUGCAACUGCAGCGUUGCGAAUGCUACGGUCUGAUGAAAGCUUUCAAUUCGCACGGCAUGAUGGCAUUAUGGCGGACGCUGCUUACGAAAUUUUACGACAGAAUCCGCGAGACUAUUCCGGUGGAUUAUUGAUCGAUGAGGAUGUGCUAAGGGCAUCUGGUGUGACGGACUUUACGAAAUAUGCUUGUGUUCCGGAAAAUGCAGACAAACUGAUUGGCUGCAUGUUCAACGAUCCGAAAACUUACGAAAGUGUAAAGUCAAAAUUGUAAGCUUGGAAAUUAAAAGAUUCGAACAAAGUGGAGGGUUCAAUGA